UUUAUAUUUUUCUAAAGGAUAAAAGAUGUAGGAAUUAUAUAUUCAGAGAAGUAGGAGGGAGUCGAUUGGUAUUUCACGAUUUUGCGAAUAUUUAAAUAUUAGUCGACCAGUCGUGUUUCAAAAGCUCUGAACUGGCUUCUGUUACAAGCUCCUAGGCCCCGGCCAGACAACUCCCCCACUCCUUUAAUUCUCCUUUCCCUUCAAACAAUCAAACCCUCUCUCUCUCUCUCUCUCUCUCAUCUCCCUAUAUUCUCUCUCCACAUUUGUCCAAAUCGUUAAUUUCCAUGGAUUCAAAGCUGCAGCGGCGUUUCACGCUGGGCAGACAGUCCUCCGGCGCCCCUGAAAGCAGCGUCUCUCUUGCCUCUGACGCCUCGGCAGGUCUGGAUGACGCCAUCGAUUCCGGCGUACGGUUAAUGUACAUGGCGAACGGAGGCGAUUUGGAUGGGAUUGAGGAGCUGCUGGAUUCCGGCACCACCGUCAAUUUUAAAGACAUUGACGGCCGCACCGCCUUACACGUGGCGGCGUGCCAGGGACGCACGGAUGCAAUUGACUUGCUCCUACGCCACGGCGCCCAGGUUGAUGUCGAGGACCGAUGGGGCAGUACGCCUCUCGCAGACGCAAUUUACUACAAAAACAAUGAUGUGAUUAAGCUUUUGGAGGCACAUGGCGCAAAACCUCCGAUGGCUCCCAUGCAUGUCCAAGAUGCACGUGAAGUUCCCGAGUAUGAAAUUGAUCCAAAGGAGCUAGAUUUUACUAACAGUGUGGAAAUAACAAAGGGAACAUUUUGCAUUGCGUCAUGGCGCGGUAUUCAAGUUGCUGUUAAGAAAUUUGGUGAGGAAUUUUUCAUCGACGAAGAGAAAGUAAACGCGUUCAGGGAUGAGCUUUCUCUACUUCAGAAGAUGCGGCACCCAAAUGUUGUCCAAUUUCUUGGUGCUGUGACACAAAGUACACCAAUGAUGAUUGUUACUGAAUUUCUACCAAAGGGAGAUUUUGGGGCAUACUUGAAAAAGCGCGGUUCUUUAAAGCUGGUAACGGCUAUCAAGUUUGCCCUUGAUAUUGCAAGAGGAUUGAACUACUUGCAUGAGCAUAAGCCUGAAGCUAUAAUUCAUCGAGAUCUUGAACCAUCAAACAUCUUGAGGGAUGAUUCUGGUCAUCUCAAAGUUGCAGAUUUUGGGCUAAGCAAGCUGAUUAUAGUUGCUAAAACAAUUAAAGAAGAUAAGCCUUUGUCUUCCCAACAAACUUCUUGGCGGUACGUAGCUCCAGAAGUUUUUAGAAAUGAGGAAUAUGAUACCAAGGUGGAUGUGUUUUCAUUUGCAUUGAUAUUGCAGGAGAUGAUUGAAGGUUGCCCACCAUUUGCGAAAAGGAAGGAAAUCGAAGUUGCUAAAGCAUAUGUUGACAAUGAGCGCCCCCCUUUUGAAGCUCCAGUUAAGCAUUAUGCCUACGGAUUAAGACAGUUAAUAGAGGAGUGCUGGGAUCAGAAGCCAUCGAAGAGACCUACUUUCAAGGAAAUAAUUCUCAAGUUGGAUGAAAUGCUCAAGCAUAUUGUUGCUAAAAGACGCUGGAAGACAAAAGCACUUAAAUAUCUCCACAAAUUCGAGUCAAUCUUGAAGCUGGAAAAUUCUUUUUCAAGGAGUGGUUCAUCUCGCUCAACUAUUAGAUGACUCAAUUAUUUAUUUGCCGGCACUCCUAUUCAGAGAUUUAUUUUCUCGUGGCAUAUCGCCACACGGCACACAUACUACUAUCUUGGAGCUGUUAUGUUGGUCGAGAACAUCAUCUGUAACUCAUGGUUAGGUAAGAAAACGAUUGCAAUUCCCAUUCGUCUGAAAAUAUAUUAACAUUUUCUUUUCCGUUUUUCUUUGUGAAGAUGAAAAUUUUAUGUGAUGCAUUGUGGCAUUUGAAGUCUAGUAAUAAUAAACGUACAAUGAUUAUGAUUUCAUUAUUUGGAGAAAAUAUAAACUUCAAAUCUUAACAGUUGA